AUGAUAGCUUCUCAUUCAGUGUAUCUCGAGAGUAAUUCGGAUAAGGUAGGCAUCGAGAAAAUUUCGCAAGUGGCCGAGCAGCCUCGAAUCGAUCAAUCAUGUUGCAUCGUGUUGUCGGAUUUGAAAAAUACAGAGUCCGACAAAUCGAACGCAAAGUCGGCGAACGCACGUGACUGUUCGAACUUUUGUGGACGUUACAAACGUAUUCUUCUGAUCGGAGCAGCUUUGUUAAUCGCGUGGGAUUUAAUGAGAAUUAUGCUCGCUGUCACGUUGUUACUAUCCGAUGUUCAGGAUACUUCAGAUCGCGUUAGGCAAGGCUAUUUCUUCGGUAAAACAUCGUUGUCGGAAGUAACGAUCGAUGGAAAGUCAUCCGAUUGGGCGAAGCUCGCGAGUGGAGGAACACGAAGCACAAAAGAGACGCGCAGCAAGCGAGAGAUAUCGAGGAAUGAGCAAGGAAUGUGCGAUGUGAGCGCGGAGCGCUGCGAGGUGCUGUUGCGAUCGAUGCACAAGUACCUCGAGACUCUCAAGAGUGACUUCUCUGACAAAGGCUCUGACGUGACCGUGUUCGAGGAUAUUCUGAAAUGUCUGUAUUGCAGGAAAGCGAGCAAACUCGUGACGAACGAGAAAUAUCUGCCGUACGACCAUAUCAGUCAUUCGCAGGAUUCAUCCGCCGUUACCGGAUUUUUCGCUAACACAGAAGCGGAGGAGGACGUUCGCGGCUCUGCCGAUCGGCCGGAAAAAAUGAAUUUAACCGUCGCAUCGCUCGAUCGUACAAGCUCGGAUGGAGCUUCACUUAUCACGUACGAGAUAAAUGAUAUCAAUGGCACUGAUAAACAGCCGAACGGUUCGAUCGACUCGCACGUGGCGAAAAUCCAAAGUGAUGUUUCCAUCAUGUCGGAAGAAGUCGACAAUCGUGCGGCGAAAAUUUCCCGGAGCAAUGCCGCUUCGUCAAACGACGCGACCGAAGGAAGCGCAACAACGGCUAGCUGGGUGAAAACAAAGGAGAAGUCCACCGACGUGACAGGAAUCGACGGCGGCCCGGCGCAUCCUUCGUUUGAGGGACGUCCGGAAAAUCGGUCGACCACCGCAGCGAUCGAUUCGGCCAGGAUUCAGGACGACCGUUUCGCAAAGGGCAACGCCGAGAGGCGGACCGGGAAGAACGCAGAAGGCGCUCAGCGGAUGACGUCCACGACGUGGCCGCAUUUGGUUUGCUUCUACCCCGUCUUCAACAAGCAACUAGGAUCCACAUUUUAUCCGGGCUCAUCCGAUUUCAGCUCUUCGCAAAAUCAUGAGUUCGGACAGAGUUUCUUUCCGCUAGGUUUCUACUCCCCGAUAUCAAAUAACGAACAAGCGCGAGCCCAGCCGACAGGUGUCGGUCCUACGGUGACCUUGCCGCCGAUGUUCUCGCUUAACCAGCAGCAACCGACUUGGUUCAGCGAGCGGUACUUUUGCACUUACAUAUCGGUACCAACCUUCCCGCAGACUCCCAACACUUUAUCGCACUUUGUUCGUUCCUCAUCCGGCGAGGUGAAAGAACCGUCCGAGUCGUACAGUCCGGAACAUUUCGGAGUGUGUCCGUUGAAUUCUCAUCGUUGCGCUGGCACUGGGCGUUGCAUUUUAAAAGUCAAAUGGUGCGACGGUCGUGCGGAUUGCUCCGACGCCAGCGACGAAACCAUGUGCUCUUGCAGAGAUCGGAUAUCUCGAGAUCGACUUUGCGAUGGUUACUUUGAUUGUCCACACGGAGAGGACGAGCUCGGCUGUUUCAAUUGCCCUGACGAUUCUUUCAGCUGUGACGACUGGGACCGGCGUCACAACAGUGACAAUUGCGUGCCGCUUUCCCAACGUUGCGACGGAAUGGAACAAUGUCAAAACGGAAAGGACGAGCUGGAUUGCAAUAUACUCUCGACGUCGUAUAUAGAUAGGAAAGAUAUAUUUACGAUCGGCUACACAGAGGGAUAUCUUCAUAAGAAUGUGCGAGGGCGGUGGUACCCCGUGUGCUCGAGCGAACCUUCUUGGGCGAUGGACGCCUGCGCGUCAGAAACCGGCCAACCCGCAACAGAAACGCCGAAAAUAGAAAUGGUCCGUCCGUUUGCAAACGACUUCCCAGGUCCUUACUUGAACAGAUCCGACGGACAGAUGCAACUCGUGCACUCGUGUUCGGAUUUAGCGGUGUUUGUCAAGUGCCCGCCAUUGCUCUGCGGCACCAGAGUCUCUCAGAACUCCCUCCUGGCUUCCACCACUCCUUCCGACACAACAGAAAGUAGCUAUGUGAGACGUGCGGAGUCCGAUCUUGAGGAGGUUUAUUUGGAAACGCUCAAACUGUUGGACGAAAAAUAUUCGGACGUCGAACGGAGCAAGGAGGAUGGCAACGUCGACACGCUAGUCGAGCCGCAAGUGGGGGUGGUCGGUGGUCGAGCGAGUCAACCGAAAGCUUGGCCUUUCCUGGUCGCAAUUUACAAGGACGGUGAUUUCCAUUGCGGCGGUGUCAUUCUUACCGAAGUCUGGAUACUCACCGCGGCUCAUUGCAUGGCCCAGUACGAGAAGCAUUAUUAUGAGGUGCAAGCCGGCACGCUCAGGCGGUUUUCAUUCUCACCGAUGGCUCAGUCAAGGAAAGCGAGAAGCGUGCUGAUACACGCCGACUUUAACGGUAACAACAUGCAAAAUGACAUUGCGCUGAUUAUGCUGGACGAAAGGCUCCUCUUCAAUCGGUGGGUCCGUCAGGCUUGCCUACCAGCGGAAUGGCAACCAACACCGCGAUCCAUGUGCGUCGCUAUCGGAUGGGGCGCUACGAGAGAAUUCGGACCGGAUCUCGACCAGUUGCGAGAAGUGGAAGUACCAAUUUUAUCAUCCUGCAAGCAUACGCUCGAUCGGAACAACGCCACCAUCUGCGCGGGAUAUCCUUACGGUGGUUACGACGCGUGUCAAGGUGAUAGCGGCGGGCCUUUGAUGUGCAGAGAUCCGAAUUCGCAAUGGUACGUGGCGGGUGUGAUCAGCCAUGGCGACGGAUGCGCACGUCCGGACGAGCCCGGCGUUUACACGAAAGUGAGCUACUUUCUGCGCUGGAUUCAGAAGCAAACCGAAGAAUCCCCGAUGCUCUCCAACCAGAGCACACCAUUGGCUAAAUGUCCAGGUUUCAGCUGUCAGGGAAAAUUGGAAAAGUGUUUGCCGAUAGAGAAACGUUGCGAUCGAAUUGUGGAUUGUUUGGAUGCCGAAGAUGAGGUCGAUUGUGUCUGGCAAAUGAUGGACAGUAAUGGGCGGUCAGAUGGCAGCAACGAGUUUGUGGAAAUGGGGGAAAGAUCAGCGGGCCAACGUACCAACGGUACGUAUCAACGCAUAAGCUCUCAAAUGUUCGCACGAAAUAUUUCUGCGACAAAUCGUGCUGCAGAAACAACAACUUCGAAAUCUUCAAACGGAGAGGAAAUUGUGCGGACUGACGAGCCGAACGAAGUUUCAAGUACCGCCGGCGCGACGAUGACAACAAUAUCGAGCGUUAGAUCGACGUUCACGUGCACGAGUCUGAUCCAAACCAUAACGAUCGGCAAGAGAUGCGACAAGCGCUUGGAUUGCGAGGACGGCACCGACGAAGAGGGCUGCACGUGCAAGGACUACCUGUCGAAUUUGCGAGCAACGGCGAUUUGUGACGGCCACUUGGAUUGCGACGACGAGACAGAUGAGAAGAAUUGCGGUAUGUGUAAGGAAGACGAGUUCCGCUGCGGCAGAAGCGGAGUGUGCAUUCCGAUGACGAGGAGGUGCGACAGAAAAUUCGAUUGCGCUCUAAAAGAGGACGAGAUUGAUUGCUUCGUGUUGACCAACGGAGAGUACGUAGAGGUGGACAGCGACGAUCGGCCGGCUUUAAAUGUGAGAGGCUUGCUCGCUAGAUACACAAACGGAACGUGGCGCACGGAAUGCCCUCAAUCAGCGAUACGUGACAAUGAUACUCUAACAACGAGAAUCGGCGAGAAAGUUUGCAGGUAUCUCGGAUUCAGGAGUGUACAGUCGGUGGAGAGAGUCAACGUGAACAGGACCAAGCUGGAAGUUCAGGGUAGGAGUAACAAUGCCAGCACGGAUUACAAAACGGGAGACGGGCCGUGUUCGGCUCUGCGGAUACACUGCAGACCGGUUUUGAGCGGCAGCGUCGACUCACACUUGAUCGCCGAUCCGGACACCGGAAGUCAAACCUACCUGUGGCCGUGGCUGGCCGCCAUCUUGGUGGACGGCCGUUAUCGUUGCCCGGCUUUACUCCUCAAGCCGGACUGGCUCUUGUCCAACUCCGGAUGUACGAGAGAUAUCAGGCUAUCGGUGAAUUACACGACGACCCUAGUUGGCUACAGUCGCUCGUACCUCCACGUCGAUGGACCAUAUCAGCAGAUAUCGGUCGUUGAUGACAUCAAGGAGGUGAAACUUUCAGACGUCUCGUUGCUCCACUUGAAAACCCCGGUGAAACUCACGCGUUACGUAUUGCCGCUGUUUCUACAAGAGAAAAUUUAUCCACCGGGGAAUAAUGAUUCAUGCGUGGCGGUCGGUACUGACGAGGAAUACGCGACACAAUCGGUCUUCCUGCAGCCGAUCCUUGAAGAUUGCGACAAGUGUCACCGUUGCUUCGUCGAAGCUACACGCUCGGAAUGUUCGAACAACAAAACUCGGUCGGAUUGGACUGGCACGGUGGUGUGUCACGGUCAGGAAGGAUGGUAUCCCGCGGCUGUGUUUCACGAGAAGAACGGCCCGUGCAGCUUCCAGAACACGCGAAAUCUCACGAGUAUCGAUUACGUUCAUGCUUACAUUACGCAAAUUUUAGGUAGGUUGCACGGGAAACCGCAGUCGACCGAGGCCGAGGCUACAUGCGACGGUAUUCGAUGCAACAUCGGAUGGUGCGUUUCUUGGGAUCGAGUAUGCGACGGUGUAGCGGACUGCCGAGACGCCGUGGACGAGAUGGACGAGAUGUGUGACAAAGCGCAACGGGUUUACAAUAACGACAUCGAUCGCAAAUGCGCCAAGACCAGAUUGCGAUGCGGAAACGGCGAGUGUAUGCCGAAGAACACUUUCUGCGACGGUAAAGUGGAUUGCUCGGACGGUACGGACGAACCCAUAAGCUGUACUUGCGCGGAAUAUCUUAAACUGACUGCACCGGAAAGGCUGUGCGACGGUGUGCGACAUUGUCUCGAUAAAACUGACGAAUCACCGGACGUGUGUCGUUGCACGGAAACCAGCUUCAAAUGCGACAUAGAAGGAAACUCCACCUGUAUCCCUCAAGAUUUCGUGUGUGACGGCGAUCAGGACUGUCCGAACGGCCGAGACGAGAAGCAAUGCCGAAAGCUGCGCGAAUCUACAGCUGAUAAACCUGGUACGGGAGAAGUGAUGCAACGAUCUUACGGUGUAUGGCAUUCUCAAUGUUUCCCGGUAGUAGUAACGUCAGCGGAGGCAAAUACCGCGUGCAGGGAGAUCGGUUACACCAAUGGCACCAUCGAUCGCGAAGAUCGAGCCUGGAACGAGCCGGUCGUGCCGUCUCGUGAUGACUUUUAUACGAUUCGAGUGAAUCUGGAAACGUGGGUAACCAUGCGUGACGAUAAACCACUUAUAGAUUUAGUCCGACCGGAAGAUCCAUGUUACCGUCUCUUCGUCAAGUGCGCAUGAUGCGUUCAACUUGUUGCGACAAGUUUCUGAGGAUCGCAUAUAAGCAUCAUCAAACCGUACAUUGAAAAGAUGCGCAAGCAGGGAAGUGAAUUACACACACACACACAGUGUACAUACGAAAAAGGGAAAUUUGCAGUGUUCGUUAGAGGAAAUGGGGAUUGAGAGUGGUUAAAAUCACUAUGUGUAUCACAAGUGAAUGUUUGAAGCAGACCGCAUCAGCGGCCACUGAGACCACUGUGCGCUAAAC